AUGAUGGAUCUCAAUUGGGGUUUCAUAUCCUCCAGCACUUGGGUAAAAGGAGCCCUUAUCCUAUUGCUCACGGUAGCCAUAGUACUCUACUGGUAUAUCCGAGUCCCAGGGGAUAUGCCAAAGAAUAUCCCCAAAGUCCCCAUUUACAUCUCUCUAAUAGGUCUAUGGAGUGAUAUGGGCCAAGAUACAAUUUAUGAUCGCUGGCUGCGCGAGCCGUUGGAAAAAUACGGUGCUGUACAGAUCUGGUUCGCAGGGCGGUGGAAUGUGCUCGCAACAAAACCGCAGUAUUUGGUGGAUAUGUUCCGACAUGAGGAUGUUUAUGCAAAGGCUGGUAGCCAGAAGAAAAUUCCCUGGAGUGUUAUCGCUGCGCUUGUCGGUGAUAAUAUUAUCAAUGCGCAUGGAGACAAUUGGAAGCUUUUUACAUCGAUUAUGAAGCCGGGCCUGCAGAGGCGAAUUACCGAUUCAAAGCCGCUUUUGAUGAAGUCCAGGCUUUUUGUGGAUACAUUGAUUGUGGAGCAGUGGGGACUAGGGGCAAAUGGUGUCUCAGUCAACCCAAUAAUUCAACGGUGGGCAUUGAGUUGUAUGGGGUUGAGUUUCAUGGGCGUCGAUCUCCAGGCACUGGAGAAGCCUGGCCAGCGCAUUGAGCAGUUACAAACAAUCAUAAAGAAAACUCUUUUUAAGCCGUUAUUCUUCAAUUUCCCCGAUCUCGAUCGCUUUCCCUACCUCUUCCAUCAACGGAGGGUUGCAUUCGAAAUCAUGCAAGAAUUCGGAGAUCUACUAUGUGAGACCGUGAAGAAGAGACCGCCAACAACGGGCGAAGAAAACAGCACAGAACAAGUUGUCGACUUACUUGACAACGCUCUCAAAGAAGGCAAAAUAACUGAGACAGAAUACCGCAAUAAUCUCAAAGUUACUUUCCUCACAGCACAUGAAAAUGCCCAGCAGCUCCUAAACUCGGCGUUCUGGGAGUUGGGGGAUAAUCAGGCAGUGCAACGAAAGCUUCGAGAUGAGAUCCUCGCUAUGGAUACCCUGGAACCAUCAGUUGAUCAAGUCAAUUCAAUGCCAUAUCUCUUCUCUGUCGUUCUAGAGCUUCUCCGUCUAUACCCACCUGUAUCUCAAUUGAUCAAUCGAGUCACAACACAGAAGUCCAUCUUGGGCGGAGAUAUCGUCAUUCCGAAUCAUACAUGGGUAGGAUGGAAUGCAUUCGGCGUUCAUACAGAUACAGAAGUCUGGGGGCCUACCGCAAGAGACUUUAUUCCAGAGCGCUGGGGCCAAGAUGUUCGGACUAUUCAGAAUGCCGUACGCAGCAAGACUACACAGUGCCAUUUUAUUGCAUUCAAUGCCCAUUCUCGAAAGUGUCUGGGACAGGGCUUCGCGGUGCUGCAAAUGAAGAUCUUGUUAUUUGAGAUGGUUCGACGUAUUGAGUGGACAGUUGAUCCAACAUAUGAACUAAAAUUGACGUCGGGUGGAAUCCUAGCACCAUUAAUGCUUCGUGUAAUGAUACAAGAAAGGACAGAAUCGGACCAUUGA